AUGGAAUUUACCGACGAGCGAAAAUUAUAUUUAUUAAAUUUAAUAUGUAGUUUUUUUCAAAAAGAAAAAGAAAAACUAUACGAACAGUUUUAUAAAGAAAAUAGUUUAGAUCAAUUUAUCGACGACAUAUCUUGUAAUUUUUUAAGAGUGCAUUUCUCACAAAACAUUUGCAGUUUUAGUAACGAGUUUCCAAAAUCUGAUGAUAAUGAAACAAAUACAUAUUUAAUAUUUUUAAAAUUAAAACCAGAAAUUUUAACAGAAAACAGUGUGAAAACUUCUGUAUUCGUAAUGACACUUUUUGGUUCUCCAAUUUUAACAUUUCAUCAAACCCUUAAUAAUUUUUACAUUCCGGCAUUAUUAAAUAACGAUAUUGGUCAAGAACCACAAGUACAAAAUACCUUAAAAAUUUUAGAUGGACAGUUAAAAUAUGCAUUACAUCAUGAAUCGAACAGUUCAAAAUCAAUAACAAUGAAUAAUUUAAGUGAGGAAAUUAGAUAUUGGGAAUCAAUAUCAGAAUCAGGUAAAAAUUCAGUUGAAAAAAAUUCCGCUAAAUCUGUCAAAGAAAUAUUACGUACAGUAGAAGAUGACUUAAGUAGUUUAAAUAGCGCUUUAGUGGUAGAUUUAGAAGAUGUUAUCGAAUCAAGUGUUUCCGUAUUGGAUGAUCUUUGGCGAAUCGAUUAUAAUUUUUACGAUAAAAAUCGAAUGAAAAAUUUAAUCGAAAUGAUUGGAAAUUCUAUAUGUUUAUACAUUCAUAAAAAAAUCGACGAUAUCGAUAUAUGGACAGAAGAUUACGAUACUGUCAUGGAUGUUUUAAACACCGGUAUGACAGCUUGUGCAAAGUGGAAUGAAUCACUUCGAACCUUGUGUACCGUUUAUUGGUCAAGUUCAAGUGAAAGACGUUGGUCAGAAGAACCUUACGUGCAUGAUUUAUGUGUUAAACUUUUAAAACGUUUGGAAGAAAUAAAAAAUGUUCGUUCGGCUCAUAGACAGCUAACAAGAUUGCUGUCGUCCAGCGAACAACGAGAACUCGAAACAAAUUCAUCUUUUUCAUUUUUCCAAGGUUUAAAACCUAAAAUUUGCAGUCCGUAUACCGAAGGUGUUUGGAAAGCUGCACUCAAACAAUAUGAAAAAUCUCUAACAGCCAUUGAGCAACGCGUGGCAGUAAAAUUAAAAAGUCAGUUAAAUCAUCUUAAUGUUAACACUUUACAGUUACUUCAAGAAAUAAAAAGAUAUCAAGAACUCAUCAAAAGGCCGAACAUAGCUCAACAUCUUUUAGUAGAAAGACAAAAAUUAUUACAAGUUCUCAUUGAAUACAUUAACGAAUUGUCUUUAGACACAGAUGAAGAAUUUCCAUUAAUGGAUUUACCUCCCACAGUUCAAAAAAUAUACAGAGCAAGAGUUUUACAGUCCAAAGUGAAAGAAAUUGCUGAAACAAAUCAAGAGAUAUUAAAAGAUAUAAAAGGUAGCGAAUCGCUUGGAAGUAAAUGCGAAUCUUUUCUAUCACAAAUUAAAAAUUAUGAAAAAGAACAAUUUGACAAUUGGGUAUACGAAGUAAGAGAUGACAUCAAAGUUAAAGGAUUAUCACUAUCAGAAACUAGUAGAGUUUUACAAUUAAAAGCAGAAAAAAUGGUUGAAGUUAAUUACCCGAUUAGAUUAGUAAGACUUGUAAGGGAAGUUCAACAACUUUCAGCCAUGGGUUUAAACAUUCCAAAAUCUAUCAGAGAUGUUUCCGAUCGAGCAAUUAAAUUUAUGAAUCAAGCCAAGGAUUUAGAACAGAUUGCUAAUUUUCAUAAUACGAUUGGUGACAGGAUAAUUCCAUCGCAAAAGCCCAUGUUACUACCGGCAGCCCAAAAAUUAGAUUCAUUAAUAAAUUCUCAACAAACGGUUACCUGGAGUGAUACUGCAGCCGUUGAUAAAUAUAUAUCUAAUUUACAAGAUGUCGUUACAAAUUUAUCGAAAGAAAAUAAUAAAUUAGCUUUUUAUCAUCAAAAAAUAACCGACAAGGUACUCAACCUUAUCAAUUUCGAUUUGAUACGACAACAAAGUUCGUGGAAACAAAAUUUAAGAGACAUUAGAGAAAUAAUAACUCAAAUAGAAUUUUUAAAAUUUCCAAAUAUGAAAUCGUGGAAACUUCAUUGGGAUUAUCAAUUGUACAAAGCUUUAGAAUGGCAAUAUCGAUUGAGUUUGUGCAAUUUGCAUUUACAUUUUCCAGAAAUUAAAGUCGAAUUAAUUUACAGACAGCAAAAACUUCAAUUUUUCCCACCCAUUGAAGAAAUCAGAAUGAAAUAUUAUAGUCAAGUAAAAAAAUUUUUAUUCGUGCCUAAAUUAUUUACUGGAAUUUCGGAAAACACGCAAGAAUUUUUUUCAAAAAUUGUUUCCAGAAACGCUUAUCGUUUUCAAGAUGUUUUCGUAGAAGCGGAAAAUUUAUUUCAACGUUUAUUAAAAUUUAAAAAUAAAUGGAACGGAUGGUUGGCAUUAGGAGGAGUCAAUUUGGAAGAAUUAGCAGAAGAAAAUCUUAAGGUAGCAGAAGAUUGGGAUUUAAAUUUCAGGGCAUCAAAAAAAAUCGGACAAGAAGUUGCUAAAUUACAUUAUUCCGAUGAAAAAAUUGGUUGCAUAACUGUUAGCGUUUUACCCAUAAGAGCCGAAAUUGAACUUCAUAAUAGAAAAUAUUGGGAUGCUCUCACGAUGUCACUACAAACAUCAAUAUUAAGAGAUAUAAAUAAAUUAAAUAAAUACAUAUCAGAUGCAACAGAAAUAUUAAAUGCUCAACCGAAAACAAUGUCUGAAGUGGGUGAAGCAAACAUAAAACAUGCUAAAUUAAUGGAAACAUCUGUCGAGAUGCAAAAAUCAUUUGAAUCAACAAUAAAAAAAAAUAAAACUUUAGCUAGUUGGACGAAAGAAAAAAUUGAUUUAGUUAAUCAAUUAAUAUUUUCAUGGGAUAAUUUUCAAAAUAAUUUAAAAAAUCAUAAAUCAUUGAUAGCAAGACAGGUCGAAAGAAUGAAAAUUGCAUUAAAAGGAGAAACGGAAAAUUUAUUAUCCGUCGUUGAAAAAUUUAAUUUACGUUGGGAAGUUCAAAAACCGAAAGAUGCAGACGUUCAAGAUUCUGAUUUUCUUACAUUAAAAAAAAAUAUUAAUUUGGUUAAAGAAAAAAUCGAAGAAUGGAACGAAUUGAAAACAAAAAAAGAAAAAUUAGACGAUGAAUGUAAAAAAUUUGAAAUGCCAGAACCUCAAUUAAUCGAAUUUGAUAACACGGAUAAAGAUUUACAAAAACAAUUUUCCACGUGGUCAUUUUUUGAUGAAUUUUCAACGGAAUUAAAUGUUUUAUCGAGGGAAGAAUGGAUUUUAUUCAGAGGAAAAGUUUACAAAUUUGAAGAAUUUCUUUCGAAUUGGGAAAAAAAAACGGAAGAAAAAUCACCGAAUCCCGUCAUAAUAAGAAUAUUAAAAGAAAUUAAUUCUUACAAAGCGUUAAUACCAUUAUUUAAAUAUUUAAGAGGUGAAGUUUUCAGUGAUAAACACUGGCUGGAAUUGUUUAUGAUUUUAGAAAUGGAAAAUAAAUCUCCGGAAACUUUAAUCCUCGGUGAUUUUUUAACGGUUAAAGAUAAAAUUAUUAUGUCUAGUCAAAGCCUUCAGGCAUUAAACGCGGAAGCUGCUAGCGAAAUAACCAUACGUCAAGCAUUGGGAGAAUUGGAUGCUUGGGAAGUUCAAACGAGAUUCACUCUCACUUUGCAUACGGAUUCAAAAUCGAAUACGGUCAUGUUGAUAAAAGAUUUUCCGGAUGUUUUAAAUAAAAUCGGAGACAAUCAAUGUUUACUUCAGUCGAUAAUCAAUUCCCAAAAUGCUAAAAGUUUUUACGAUCGCACGUCUAUUUGGGAAAAUAAACUGACGAGUCUUGAUGAACUUGUCAGCAACUUAAACGUAGUUCAGAGAAAGUGGGUGUACCUCGAACCUAUUUUCCGAAAUGGAACUUUCACGAUGGAACAAAAUCGUUUUGAAAGAAUCGAUCAAGAUUUUCGUUAUAUAAUGAAUGAAGUGUCAAAAGAUAAUCGCGUAACGGCUCUCCUAAGGAUAGUUAAUCUUAAACAAACUCUUAGUACGGCCAUUGAUCAAUUGAUAAGAUGUCAAAAUUGUCUUAAUCAAUUCCUUCAGGAAAAACGAUCGAAUUUUCCAAGAUUUUAUUUUCUCGGUGAUGAAGACUUAUUAGAACUUCUCGGUCAAUCUACUAAAGAACAAAUUAUACAAACUCAUAUAAAAAAAUUAUUUACGGGUAUUAAAACGGUAAUUAUGGUUGAAGGAUUUGUCAAAGGAAUCAAAUCUCAGGAAGAAGAAAUUGUUUUGUUAAAUUCUCCGGUUAAAGUCACUCGAUGCAUCGAGGAUUGGCUUAAUUCGUUAAAUAACGAAGUACAAAAAACGUUAAAAUUAUUAUUAAUGAAAUACGUGGAAGAAUCCGAGAAUAACAUUGUCGAUCCGUUAAAAUUUCCAUCACAGAUUUUAAGUUUAGGGGAAUCCCUUUGGUUUACGUCUAAAUGUGAAGAAAACAUGUCGAAAGGAAAACUCUUAGAAUUUUACAAUACUGUUAAAGGAAAAUUAAAUUCAUAUUCUGAAAGUUUAGGAGAAUGGCAAAAUGGCGAUGAUUUACUUUAUUUAAAAUUAAAAUCUUUACUUUCCGACACCGUACAUCAUAUAAAUAUUUUAGAAGAUCUUUUAGAACAUCAAGUUUCAAAUGUCAACGAUUGGUAUUGGCAAAAACAAAUAAGAUAUUAUUACACUUCACCUGGGAAAAAUGUUUUAUUAAAAAUGGUCGAUGCCGAAUUAGAAUAUACGUACGAAUAUCAAGGAAAUGGUCCAAAAUUAGUUAGAACUCCAUUAACAGAAAAAUGUUUUCUUACUCUUACUCAAGCAAUGAAAAUGGGUUUGGGAGGAAAUCCUUUCGGUCCUGCCGGAACUGGAAAAACGGAAUCCGUUAAAGCAUUGGGAUCGCUUUUAGGAAGACAAGUUUUGGUGUUCAAUUGUGACAAAGGAAUCGAUGUUAAAUCAAUGGGACGAAUUUUUAUCGGUUUGGUUAAAUGUGGAGCCUGGGGUUGUUUUGACGAAUUUAAUAGACUGGAAGAAGCAACAUUAUCCGCUGUAUCAAUGAUAAUACAAUCAAUACAAAUUGCAUUACAAGAAAAUCGUAAUACAGUACAAAUUUUAGAAGAAGAAGUUCCAAUUAAUUCCAACUGUGGACUUUUCGUUACUCUAAAUCCGGCAGGAAAAAAUUACGGUGGUAGAAAAAAAUUACCGAAUAAUUUAAAACAAUUAUUUCGUCCCGUUGUUAUGUCCGUACCUGACGACAAAUUAAUUGCACAAACAAGUUUGUUAAUUGAAGGUUUCAAAGAAGCUAAAAUCAUAGGUUCAAAAUUGGUUGAAGUUUUUGAUUUGGCUAAAAAUCUUCUUUCAAUGCAACAACAUUACGAUUGGGGUUUGAGAGCAUUGAAAACAGUUUUGGGAAGUUGCGGAAGUUUAUUGAAUGAAAAUAAAAAGAGAAAAUUUGUUGAAAAAUCAACGGAAUCGGAAAUAGCUGUUGAAGCCGUUCGACUGAAUACUUUAUCAAAAUUAACUUUCCAAGACUCCAGGCUCUUUGAUAAAAUAGUUAAAGAUGUUUUUGUCGGAGUUAAAUUUAUAGAUUUAGAAUUUGAAAAAUUAACAUCCGCAUUAAAAUCUUCCUGUCAAGAUUUAAAUUUGCACUAUAAUGAAAAUCAAAUCAAAAAAUGCAUCGAACUAUAUGAACAAAUGCAACAGAGAAUGGGAGUAGCACUCGUAGGACCUUCCGGAACCGGAAAAACAACAAUUUUGAAAUUGUUGAAAUCGGCACUACAAAAAUUAGGAUACACGGUUAAACGAUAUACCGUCAAUCCAAAAUCAAUGCCAAGAACGCAAUUUUUCGGACAGGUUGAUGUCGAUACAAGACAAUGGAAUGAUGGAGUUCUAACAAUGAACGCACUUAAAUUAAAUUCAGAAAAUUCAGAUGUUUUAUCAUGGCUUGUUUGCGAUGGUGAUAUUGAUCCCGAUUGGGUAGAAGCUCUUAAUUCCGUUUUGGAUGAUAACCGGCUGUUAACACUACCUUCGGGAUGGAGAAUACAAUUUGUUUCAAAUGUUAAUUUUCUUUUUGAAACUUCCGAUUUAAAUUAUGCUUCUCCAGCGACUGUUUCUCGAUUGGGAAUCAUAUUCUUAAGUGAGCAAAUUGUUGACGUUUCAAUUUUGGUAAAUUCUUGGUUAGCAUCUCAGAAAGAAGGUUAUAGAAACUUCAUCGAACCCCUUCUAUCAAAUUAUUUUUAUAAAAGCAUCGAUUGGAUACGAAAUAAAGGAAACCUUGCCGUACCUUAUUCAAUAAUAGGUUUAGCAAAUAGCGGUUUGAGUCAUAUGGUAAACAUUGAUCACAAAUCGCAUUUUGUACUUGGUCUCAUAUACGGAUUGGGAGCAAAUUUAACGGAAGAAUCGAGAGAAUCUUUUGCUCAAGCAGUUUUCGAAAUGACUGGAGAAUUCAUUCCAGAUCCAUCGAAAAUAUUAACUUCUUAUUAUAAUAAGGAUAGGCAAAGAAUCGAUGAAUUACCAUUUGAAACAAUGAUUUCGAAAACGGCAAAUCAAUUUGGAUGGGUAUUAACUCCUUCGGCAAAAACAAGUUCUUUCAUUUUGGAACCUUGGAUAAAUUCUUUAGAACCUAUAUUGAUUUGCGGUCCAGAAGGCUGUGGAAAAACGCUGUUGAUAAAUUAUUGCUUAUCAAAAGUACCGGCGGUAGAAGUGGCUACAAUUUACUGCAGCGAAUUAAUUUCUCCUCAACACGUCAUACAAAAAUUAAGACAAGUUUGUUCAAUAAGUACUUCUUCGACAGGAAGAAUUUUAAAACCGAAAAACUCGCAAAAAGUUGUUCUGUUCAUAAAAAACCUUGAAUUAGCAUUACCAGAUAUUUGGGGUACGAAUAUGCUCGUUACUUGGUUGCAACAGUUAAUAGCGUAUCAAGGAUUUUAUGAAAAUGAUUUAGAAUGGACAAGCGUCGAAAGAAUUCAAAUAAUAGGAACAUUAGCUGAAAAUUCACAAUAUCCGUCAAAUCGUUUAACGUCAAUAACGAAAAUAUAUUAUUUAGGGUCGCCAAAUAUUGACGAUUUAAAAUCUAUUUACACGGUUCACGUUAAAUCCGUUAUUUUAAAAAAUUUUGAAAAAUACAAAGCGUGGUCGUCGGAAAGUAAAGUCAUAUCAUUGGCUGCCACUUUAAUUUCAAUUUACGAAAAGGUACGAUGGACUUUUACAAAAAUAAAAGAAAGUCAUUACACAUUUUGCCCAAAGGAUCUUACGCGAUGGUGUCAAGAAAUUCAAAGAUAUAAAAUUAAUUUUUCGGAUCAAAUCAAUUCUCUUUUAGAAGUCGUGACGUAUGUUGGUUUCAGAUUAUUUUCCGACAGGUUCGUAAGCGAUGAAGAUAGGAACGCGUUUAAAGAAAUAAUGAUAAGAGUUAUGGAUAACGAAUGGAAUUAUGGAGAAGUUGUUACUGGAAUCGAUGAAAUAUAUUACGUUUCUGAUGAAACUCAUAAAAAUUUGAUUAAAACGGAAAAAAGGGAUUGGACGGAAGCAGUAGAUAGAGGGAUUCGAAUGUCUUUAGGUCAAGAAAACGAUAUUCUUAUCAUUGAUGAAUUAUUAAGAUUGACGUCAUCGAUCGAUAGAUUAUUUUCUGCUACUAAUACUUCUUUAAUUUUGGUUGGAAGAUCUGGAGUCGGAAGGAAAACGGCAUUGAGAAUAAUUUCUUCUUUACAUUCGGCCAGACUCAUUAGUUUAAACAUGUCACAAUCGUACAACAUGAAAACAUUUAAAACCGACAUAAAAUCCGCGUUACAAUAUGCCGGAGUGGAUGGAGAAACCGUGUAUUUAUUAAUUGAAGAUUAUCAAAUAGUUGACACUUCGUUUCUACACGUAUUAAAUAGCUUGCUAAGCUCUGGAGAAGUUCCAGGAUUAUAUAACGCUGACGAAUUAGAAUCAGUCAUUUUAAGUUUGAGAGACGUUUGUGCUGCCGAGGGAUUUACCGGCUCAACACCAUCUUUUUUUGCGACUCGAAUAUUAAAAAAUUUACACAUAGCAUUCAUAUUAGAUUUGGAUAGAAAAUUUAAAUUUAUAAGCGAAAACAAUUUGAGAUUAUUUUACAAUUGUCAAAUAAUUUGGCUACCCGAAUGGUCGUCUGCCACUAUGAAACACAUACCGAAAAUAUUAUAUUCGAAAAUGGACGCUAAAGAAGAAAUAGAUUCUUUCAACGACAUAUGUAAAUGCAUUUAUGAAAUACAUAAACAAUUUAUUAACGAUACGGCAACACCGAGAAGAUUUUUAGCUUUUGUUAAAACAUAUUUAAAAAUAUAUGAAACGAAAAAAAAAUCAAUAAAUGAUAGAGUGGAAGGAUUAAAGGCUGGAGUAACGAAAUUAAAUCAAACUAAAAACGUAGUCGAUAAGUUGAAAAAAGAAGCAGCGACUCAAAAAGAAAAAUUAGCAGAAAAACAAUUGGAAGCAUCAUCGGCUUUAAAUUUAAUUGGGGAAACAAUGAGAAAUGCAAAUACCCAUAAAGAAAAAAUGGAAAAAUUAAGAGAACAAGCGGUUAUGGAAAGCAAACAACUUACCGAAAGAAAAAAAGCAAUCGAUCAAGAAUUAUCGGAAGUAAAACCUUUGAUUGAAGAAGCGAGACAAGCCGUUGGAAAUAUAAAAAAUGAAUCAUUAUCCGAAAUAAGAUCAUUGAGGGCACCACCUGACGCCAUACGUGAUAUUUUGGAAGGAGUUCUUCGCCUUAUGGGCAUACAAGAUACUUCUUGGAACAACAUGAAAAAUUUCCUUGCUAAAAGAGGAGUUAAAGAAGAUAUUAGAACCUUUGACGCACAUCAUAUAUCAUCGGAUAGUAAAGAAGCCGUAAAUCUUUUAUUAUCGGAAAGAAGCGAUUCGUUCGAACCUAAAGUGGCUAAAAGAGCUUCCGUGGCAGCAGCUCCACUUGCCGCUUGGGUAAUUGCUAAUAUUAAAUACGCGAUGGUUCUUGAAAAAAUUCGACCGUUGGAAAAAGAACAAAAAUCGUUACAGUUAAAUUUAUCGGACAUAGAAAAUCAAGUCGGAAAUAUAAGUACGGGAUUGGGAGAAGUAGAUGAAAAAGUAAACGAUCUUAAAAAUAGAUUAAAUACUUACACGAGAGAAGCAGCCGUCAUCGAAAUACAUUUAUCAAAAGCAGAAGAAACAAUGACGUCAGCUCAAGAACUUCUUUCUAAAUUGGAAGACGAAUACGAAAGAUGGACAUCUCAAUUGAACGAUUUAACCGAAGCCAUGACUCAACUUCCCUGGAACACGUUGCUAGGAUCUGCUUUUUUGACGUAUUUAUCAACGACAUCUGAAAAUGAAAGAAAAGAAAAAUUAGAAGAAUGGGAAAAAAUGGCGGGAGGAAUAAAAUUUUCACUCAUGGAUUUUCUUGCAUCGGAACAAGAUAAACUUAAAUGGAUAUCGGAAGGUUUGUCUUCCGAUCAAUUAUCCUUUGAAAAUGCCGUCAUCAUGUUAGAAUCCUGGUUUCAUCCUCUACUGAUAGAUCCAAGCGGAGUGGCAUUAAAUUGGUUAAAAAAUCAUUUUUCGUCAAAUAAUUUAGAAAUAAUUUCACAACGUCACACGAAAUUACAAACGACCGUGGAAUUAGCAGUCAGGUUUGGAAAAACAUUGAUAAUUGAAGAAGUCGAAGACGUUCAUGCCGUUCUAAUACCACUUCUAAGGAAAGACAUUAUUUAUCAAGGGCCGAGACAAAUAAUUUACGUCGGUGAAAAACCAGUGGAUUACAAUAAAUCUUUUAAAUUAUUUUUAGUGACGAGAAAUACAGAAAUUCAAACACACACGGAUGCCACAACAAUUAGUUUUACAGUUACCGAACAAGGAUUAGCAGGACAAUUAUUAGGAUUAGCAGUUGAACUUGAACGUCCCGAAUUAGGAAUGAGAAGGAGGGAAUUGUUAAAGAAAGAAGAAGAAAUGAAAUUAAAACUUUACAACUUUCAAGAAAAUCUUUUAGAACAAUUGGCAUCCGCUCAAGGCGACAUAUUGGCUAAUAAAGAACUCGUUAAUUCGUUAAAUGAAACUAAAACAAGCAGCGAAGAAAUUUCUAAAUCAUUAUUAGAAUCUAAAAAAUUAGAAAUUCAACUCGAUAAAGAAUUUCAAAUUUAUCAAUCGACUGCUGAUUUCGGUUCGAAAUUAUUUUUCACAAUAAAAUCACUUUCGGCUUUAAAUAAUUUAUAUCAAUUUUCCGUAUCCUCAUUUAAAAACCUAUUUAAAAAAAGUUUAAAAACUCAAUUGUUAAAUUCCGGACGGGAUGUGAAUGACGUCAUUCAUCAAAACACAAAUUUGAUAAAAGUUGUUUAUCAAUACGUGAGCAGAUCUUUGUUUAAUUCCGAUAGACUCGCAUUUGCUCUCCGAUUGUUUUACAACAUGUAUCAGGAUAAAGUUGUACCGGAAGAAUGGUCGGUAUUCAAAGGAGAAACGAUUGUAGAAUCACAAACGGAUGGUAAAUUAAAAGAAUCGCUGCCAUAUUGGAUCGACCAAGAUCGAUAUUUUGAUAUAAACGUUAUUAAAAACGAAUUACCGAAUUUAUAUUCGAAUUUUAAAAUGUCCGAAAUCGACAAUUGGUUGAAUUAUACGAAAUGUCAAGAAUGCGAAAAAGAAAUACCUAAAAAUUUCUCGUCGAAAUUGACGCCAUUUCAAAUUUUAUUAACGAUUCAAUGUUUCAGACCGGAUCGAUUGUAUUCAGCCAUGACGCAAUUCGUUUUAAAUUCUUUGGAUAUGAAAACGUUAACGCCGUCAUCGAUAAGUUUAGCAAAAGUUGCCGAAGAAUCCGUUAAUACGGAACCAAUUUUGUUACUUUUAAGUCCCGGUGCCGAUCCUUCGGAAGAAUUACGAACUUUGGUAAAAACGUUACCAAAUAUUAACAUGCGUGAGGUUGCCAUGGGUGAGGGACAAAUAGAAUCAGCGAUGGAAUUGUUGAAAGAAUGCAGCGAAAAUGGCGAGUGGCUAUGUUUGAAAAAUUUACAUUUGAUGACGACCUGGUUGGGCGACCUGGAAAAAAUAAUCAAAUCCUUAAAUCCGCAUAAUUCAUUUCGUUUAUGGUUGACGACGGAACCUCACAACGAAUUCAGUAGAGCAUUAUCGAGUUCUUGUUUAAAAGUUACCUACGAGGCUCCUCCAGGAAUAAAAAAAAAUUUACAAAGAACGUUUGGUUCGUGGUCGUCGGAUACUUUUAGGAGAAAAGGUGUCACGUUCGGGAGAACAAUGUUUGCUGCUGCUUGGUUUCAUGCUGUCGUCCAAGAGAGAAGGAUAUACAUACCACAAGGAUGGUCUUUAUUUUACGAAUUUUCCGAUUCCGAUUUACGCGCGACAACAGAUUUAAUCACUAGAAUAUUUGCCGAAGCGUCGUAUUCAAUCAACUGGACAUUCAUUCGUGGUUUAUUAUUAAAUGCAAUUUACGGUGGUAGAAUGGAUAACGAAUUCGAUAUAAAAAUAUUAAAAUCUUAUCUCGAAGAAUUUUUUAACGAAUCCAUAUUAACGAAGGGAAAUAAUUUCGGUCCGAAUUUAUCGUUGCCAUCAUCGGAAAGUUAUUCGGAAUAUUUGCAACUCAUACAUCAGUUAAACGAUUUCGACAAACCGAUUUUAUUCGGAUUACCGGAAAAUAUAGAAAGAUCAUGGCAGAAAAUACGAAGCAAAAGAACUAUAGAACAGAUAAAAAUUUUGGAACAAACGUCGAAAUCAUUGAAUCAUAUUAAUAUAAAUAAUUGGCAACAAAAUUUGUCUCCGAUAUUAAGUUUGUGGAAGAAGUUAAACCAAAACGUCGGCCUUUUAGAGAUCAAAUUGUCCGAUAAUACAACUCUGGACAAAAUAUUUGAAGACCCCGUCCUGGAAUUCAUACGUAAAGAUUUUCAAUACGGAUUGCGAGUCGUCCAAAUCGUCCAUCAAUCUUUAGCUGGAAUAAAUAAAGUCAUUAGAAAUGUUGCUUUGCCGGAUUCCGAAACGUUAUCAGUUGGAAAAUCCUUAAUAAAUCAUCAAACUCCGUUAAAAUGGUUAACCCAUUGUGAAGGAUCGGAUAAUCCUUUUAAAUAUCUGACAGGGAUUAUAGAUAAAACGGUUACUUUACAAAAAUUAACUGAUAUAAAAUCAUCAGAUGUUCUCCUACAUCAAGAUGAUAUCGAUUUGGCUACUUUUUUCCAUCCGAAUCGUUUUUUAAAAGCAUUCAAACAAUUAUCCGCAAGAAAAAGUAAAAUACCGCUGGAUAAAAUGGAAUUGAAUUGUAAAUGGUUGGAAAAACAAAAUAAAAAUUCAAACGUUUACGUUAAGAUAAAAAAUCUCCAGUUGGAAGGUGCUGGAUUUGACGGCCGAGUAUUUGUACACACGACUAUCGAAUCAUCGAUAUUUAUCACUGCUCCAACCGUUUUGAUAUCAUACGUUGAUAAAGAUUCGAUUGAAUCGCAGCGUAACAAAGAAGAAAUGAUUUUUCCAGUUUAUCAAAAUUCAAAAAGAGAAAAUUUAUUACUCACGUUAUCGGUGCCUUGUUUAGGUGAUAAGAACGAAUGGUAUAAAACUGGAGCUGCUUUCUUUUUAAGAGAUUAA